AUGGGCGGAGGCGAGGGCGCGGUAUCUGCGCACCGGCGAGACAUCGCUCCUGGAGCCCCCCACGCUGCCCCUGCGGCUGUCAUGACUUCUGCAUACCUUGAGUCAGAGCUUGGAGAGUUUGUUUCUGCAAGAAGGAGUUUUGCUGACAGAUUCAUGUUUGUUGACGUUGCGAAGUGGGAGGUGAAACUUACUCAGUUACAGAAACUAGGCUCUGAGCAAGCCAGGCAGCUUCAGAGAUUUGUCACCGUCCUCGGUCCUUCCAGCACAACAGAGAUCGCAAGUGUUCAGAAUGACUGUUCUCAGCUGGCAGAUGGAACAGGUGAAAAAUCCAACAUCUUUGUUAAUGCAAGAACUGUUGCUGCUUCUCACAUAAAGCCAGUAGUAGCAGAGCGGUGGUGGUACAACCGUCACCAGUCCAGUUUUAAGGUAUUGAGUGGUGCUGUGCUCUCUUUUGCUUGCCAUGACUCCUGCCAAGCAUGGUGCCAGAUCAUCAACGUAUCUGAAUCCCGCUCUUCUCUCCUCACCUCUAUGGACGAGACUCUCAAUAAAACAAACUGGAGCUUUUCCACACCUGCUGGAAGCAAAUACCGCCUCUAUGUUGGCUUGGCUUUGGCAAUAGGUUCCAGUAUCUUUAUUGGUUCUAGUUUCAUACUGAAGAAGAAAGGACUUUUGAAACUGGCAGACAAAGGAGUGCCCCGAGCUGGACAGGGUGGAUAUUCUUAUUUGAAGGAAUGGCUUUGGUGGGCUGGAUUGCUAUCAAUGGGACUAGGAGAAGCUGUAAACUUUGCUGCCUAUGCCUUUGCGCCUGCAACCCUGGUUACCCCCUUGGGUGCACUGAGUGUUCUCAUAAGUGCUAUAUUGUCAUCCUAUUUUUUAAAUGAGAAGCUGAAUAUUCAUGGAAAGCUGGGCUGUGUACUGAGCAUUUUGGGGUCAACAGUCAUGGUUAUUCAUGCCCCUGAGGAGGAGGAAGUCACCUCACUAGAUGAGAUGGAAAGAAAGCUGCAAGAUCCAGCAUUUGUUACAUUUGCUGUUCUCAUAACAGUUGUUGCCCUCAUGUUGAUUUUUAUCAUGGCUCCAAGGAGAGGUCAAACAAAUAUACUGAUCUACAUUUUAAUUUGCUCACUCAUUGGUGCCUUCUCAGUCUCAUCCGUGAAAGGCCUGGGCAUUGCCAUUAAACAAAUGCUGGAGUGGAAGCCAGUUUAUCGACAUCCAUUGGUUUACAUUUUGGUGGGCGUCUUAGUGCUGUCAGUCAGCACUCAGAUCAACUAUCUCAACAAAGCGUUGGACGUGUUCAGUACAUCUCUAGUGACACCUAUUUAUUACGUGUGUUUCACCACAACGGUUGUGACAUGCUCCAUCAUCCUGUUCAAGGAGUGGAAUAGUAUGGACCUGGGUGAUAUCAUUGGAACCCUGAGUGGAUUCUGCAGUAUCAUCAUAGGCAUUUUUCUAUUGCACGCUUUCAAAAAUACUAGUAUCACCUGGAGUCAGUUGAUGUCUACUGUUGCCAAAGAACCGUCAUUACCACACUGUGAAUAUGAAAUCUGUCAUACUUUACUGGAGAGCAUGGAAGACCCAGCUUUAGCAUAUGAGGAGGACAACGUUUUAUUCAGUCAAUGA